CAUAGCACGAGUGCAUGCCUUGUCGUGUUUAUCGCAGAUUUUCAAUAAUUUACUCGUAAUUUGUGCGUUUCAACUACAAAUCGGGGUAAAAUGACGAAGAAAAAGCCCUUAGGAGCUGGUCUGAGUCGUGAUGAACGAAUGCUGAUUGUGGUUGGUGAAAUCAUACAGGAACUUUUGAAGGCGCACCACGAGGGUAAGGAUGUAAAUCUGAACCGGCUGAAGACGAGAUUAGCGUCGAACUAUGGCUUGGAAAGUGCUCCCCGUUUGGUGGACAUUAUCGCGGCUGUUCCUCACGAGGCUAAAUCUAUAUUGCUUCCCAAGUUGAAGGCUAAACCAAUUCGGACCGCCAGUGGAAUUGCAGUAGUAGCUGUCAUGUGUAAACCGCAUCGCUGUCCCCACAUUAACAUGACCGGCAACAUUUGUGUGUAUUGCCCGGGAGGUCCGGAUAGUGACUUUGAAUAUUCAACGCAGAGUUAUACUGGUUAUGAGCCAACGUCAAUGCGAGCGAUCCGAGCCCGAUACAAUCCAUUUCUACAAACUCGUCAUAGAGUAGAGCAGCUGAAGCAGCUUGGACACUCGGUGGACAAGGUUGAGUUUAUCGUAAUGGGCGGCACAUUCAUGUGCUUGCCGGAGGACUACAGAGACUAUUUCAUUCGGAAUCUUCACGAUGCUCUAUCGGGUCACACCAGCUCCAGUGUAGAGGAAGCUGUACGUUAUUCGGAAAAAUCUCACACUAAAUGUAUUGGAAUCACAAUUGAAACUCGUCCUGACUAUUGUCUAAAGCGCCACUUAUCCGAUUUAUUGUCGUACGGAUGCACGCGCCUUGAAAUAGGAGUUCAGUCCGUAUACGAAGAUGUCGCCAGAGAUACGAAUCGUGGUCACACAGUGAAGGCAACUUGCGAGAGCUUUCAAAUGUCGAAAGAUGCUGGAUUCAAAGUUGUUUCUCAUAUGAUGCCUGAUUUACCGAACGUUGAUAUUGAGAGAGAUAUCGAACAAUUUAUUGAGUUUUUCGAAAAUCCAGAUUUUCGUGCGGAUGGUCUGAAGAUUUAUCCCACUCUAGUAAUCCGAGGUACCGGUUUGUACGAGUUGUGGAAAACUGGCCGCUAUAAAAGUUAUCCUCCUUCAACAUUGGUUGACUUAGUUGCAAAAAUUUUGGCGUUGGUCCCACCAUGGACGCGCGUCUAUCGUGUACAGCGUGAUAUUCCAAUGCCUUUGGUCAGCUCUGGCGUUGAGCACGGUAACCUUCGUGAACUGGCUCUGGCUCGUAUGAAAGAUCUAGGUACAGAUUGUCGCGACGUACGAACUCGUGAAGUAGGUAUCCAAGAAAUCCAUAACAAAGUACGUCCGUAUGAAAUUGAAUUGAUCCGACGGGACUACGCGGCGAACGGUGGAUGGGAAACGUUUCUUUCCUAUGAAGAUCCAGCCCAGGACAUUCUGGUUGGACUGCUGAGAUUGCGGAAAUGUUCGCCCGAUACUUUCCGGCCGGAGCUUAUCGACAAUUGUUCGAUUGUGAGAGAACUUCAUGUGUACGGUUCAGUGGUGCCGGUAAAUGCAAGAGAUCCAACCAAAUUUCAACAUCAGGGCUUCGGUAUGCUACUUAUGGAGGAAGCCGAGCGAAUCGCACGAGAGGAACAUGGCAGCAAGAAGCUGGCAGUUAUUUCUGGUGUUGGGACAAGAAAUUAUUAUCGCAAAAUGGGCUACGAAUUAGAUGGGCCGUACAUGUCCAAAAUGCUGGAUUGAACGGUAAGUCUUUAAUAAUGAUG